UGUGAGAGAAGCGGCAAAUACAGCAAUUCCAAUUACAAUCAAAUGGUUAUUAUAGACUAAAUAUGGCAUUUGACGAGCAAAUCAAAAGCUUUCGCACUUGGAUCACUAGUCUGGGUUGCCCACCAAGUGCUUUGCCCACCGAAGAUGCACUCAAAUCAAUCUUCAAGUCCGGUCACAGCCAACUAUUUAAGCAGCUGCAGUCACGCAUACAACCACGUCAGGUGGUGCAAGAGGUGCGGGAGAAUCUGCUCAUUGCAAAAGUGGCUCAAAUUGAGGGAAAAGUCGUGCCAAUCUGUGAGCGCAGCUUUCUGCCGCGGCAACUUCAAAUUCAUCUGAAAAUGAAAGAUCUGGAUAAGAAAAAGCAAAACGCAGAGCAACGUCUUGUGGACGCCAAAAAAUCGGUUGAUGAAGAAGCCGCUGCUAUCAAAACAAAGAAUAUUCAAAUAGUAAAGGCAAAACAGAAAAACGAACUGCAGAGAUCCCGCAUAAAUUUGCUAAAGCUGAAGCUGGAAUCUUUGAAUAAAAAUUACGAGGAAGAAUUACAAAACAAGAUGCUAAUUCAAUCCACAAUUCCAGUGAAGCUAAGCUGCAAAAAUGCCAGCGAGAAACUUGCAACUCAAGCUGUAAAGCAAGCACUCAAGGAGCUUGAAAACUUUUACAUAACUUGCAAUGAAGAUGAAAAUAACCCCCAUCAAUUGGAAGAGUCCAAGUCACGUCUGUGGACAGAGAUGCGUCAGAUAUUUGUGAAUACACCGAAUGUGAUGAUCUUCAAUGCCAUUAUGAAGAUCAAGGAUGAGCAACUGCAGCACAUGAUGAUGAUGAAUAAGAGUUCCUUAAAUGUGGACAGAUCUAACAGCGUUGAGUUGUCCAAGUUUGAUGUUAAGCUGCUAAAGACCCAGGCAGAUUUAAUGGGCAUCGUGGCCAAUUAUAUGUGUGCUCAGAAUGAGGUGAAACAGCUGGAGGAGAGCUAUGUUCGCAUCUAUGGCACAUUUGUGGAUGAGUUGCAAAAGAAAGUGAACAACUUUAAUGGCAUCAACAGCGAAGAAGAUGAAGAAAAGAGCGAGGAAAUCAUAUCCGAUUUUAUACUUCAAUAUAAUAUGCGUAAUUUCUAUAAAGCACGCAAUGAAUUCUUUGAGGAGCAGAUUGAAAAGUUGCAUUUGGAAAUGGAAACGGGCGCCAAGCAAUUGGAAAAUCACGAAAUGUUGCUGGCAUCGAUAAAACAAAUGUAUAACGACAUGAAUACCUCGAUUAAUCGCAUUCAACAGGAUGUAGUGCAGUUGUCACAGAUUAAAGAGAAGAUUCUCUAUUCGAAAAAUGUGCUCAAGAAUUUGCUGGAUGAUAUGCAUCAGACAAACAAGACGCAUAUGCUUAGCACUAAGCUCAAGGGUAACAUGUCACUAAUGGGCAUGGAGAGCUUCUGUCUGGCCAAUGACAGUGUCUUGUCCAGCACCAAACUGGACAUAGAUGCCAAUGCCACCAUUACCGGAAUGAAUAACACACUUGUUCGCAGCUAUGAUAAUGCCACACUCAUGAAUCCGGGCGCAACUGCCGUUGGACCGCCUUCUUUCCAGGUGCCCUGUCAUCUCCUCGAACUGAAUACUUUCUUGGAAACGUCAUUCGAAAAGUUCAGUUUCUUUCCACGCGCUUGCUCUUUUUUGCUUUUGGCCAAUCCGCUCAUCGUGGACUCACAGGAGCUGGCUUCCACCGUUCGACUGGUUCCUGGCCAUUUGCUAACACCCUUGGGCGCCCUACAGGAAGUACGUAAACGCAUUUUGUGGGCGUCGUCAAUUGCCGCACAUUCGACAGACUUGAAAUUGAAUUUGGAGCCGUUAAUUGUUGAUCCGCAUCAUUUGAAAAUGAAGGCACGUCGUCAGCACGAUAAAAUUGUCCAGUAUUUGGACAAUAUUGAGGCCUUGGGCGUUAAAACCCAACAUCGUUUGCAAAGGGCCGAACGCAUCUAUCAGUUUAUAUUGGAAAAUCCUUUACGUCAAUAUGUGCCACCCAAAAUAAAAGUUAAAAACGCUUCCUAUGCCGACUACGAAUCCGAGUUUAAGCUCUAUUAUCGCAUUGCCACUGCCGGCGGUUCUAUUAAAUCUUAAAUAAUAUUUAAUUAUGUCUUUAUAAAAUUGUUUAAUUAAAAAAUAAUGCAUUUUAAA